CCACUCGGCUCGCGGUCAGGUGACCGACUGGUGACUUGACUUCCGCCUUGUGACUUCCGCCUUGCGACUGUCUGGCUACGCGGCGCUCGGCACUUCUACUCGACAAAUCAGGCGCAGUCGCAGGGCGCGGCCAUGGACGCUUCGGACGGCGAGGACGACGCCUACACGGACGGGCGACGAGGAGCUGAGCCUCAAGUACGGCGCCAAGCACGUCAUCAUGCUCUUCGUUCCCGUGACGCUGUGCAUGCUGCUGGUGGUGGCCACCAUCAAGUCGCUCCACUUCUACACCGACAAGACGGACCAGCAGCUGAUUUACACGCCCUUCACGGAGAACACGUCGUCGGUGGGCCGGCGCCUGCUCAACUCGGUCCUGAACGCCGUGGUCAUGAUCGGCGUCAUCGUGGCCAUGACGGUCCUGCUGGUCUUCCUCUACAAGUACCGCUGCUACAAGGUGAUCCACGGCUGGCUCAUCCUGUCCUCGCUCUUGCUGCUCUUCUGGUUCAGCUUCAUGUACCUCAGCGAGGUGCUGAAGACGUACAACGUGGCCAUGGACUAUCCGACGGCGGGCGUGCUGAUCUGGAACUUUGGGGCGGUGGGCAUGGCGUGCGUCCACUGGAAGGGUCCGCUGGCGCUGCAGCAGGCCUACCUGAUCGUGGUCAGCGCGCUCAUGGCGCUCGUCUUUGUCAAGUACCUGCCCGAGUGGUCGGCCUGGCUCAUCCUGGCCCUCGUCUCCGUCUACGACCUGGUGGCCGUCCUGAGUCCCAAGGGUCCGCUGAGGAUGCUGGUGGAAACGGCGCAGGAGCGCAACGAGCCCAUCUUCCCCGCCCUCAUCUACUCGUCCGCCAUGGCGUGGACGACGGGCCCCGCCGACGGCGAGCCGGGACGCGCUUCAGAUGAGGAGGCGGAGCCGAGCGGCCGGGCGGCGGCGGCGGAGGACGACGACGACGAGCAGGAGGAGCGCGGCGUGAAGCUGGGCCUGGGCGACUUCAUCUUCUACAGCGUCCUUGUGGGCAAAGCGGCGGCCGGCGGGGGCGACUGGAACACCACCGCGGCGUGCUUCGUGGCCAUCUUGAUCGGUCUGUGCGUGACGCUGCUGCUGCUGGCCAUCUUCAAGAAGGCGCUGCCGGCGCUGCCCAUCUCCAUCACCUUCGGCCUCAUUUGCUACUUUGCCACCGACUCGCUGGCGCGACCGUUCAUGGACGACCUGGCCGCGCACCACUUUUACAUCUGAGCCCCUCCCCCCAAUAAAAAGGAGAUGUUGCCAGAC